AUGUGCGCUCCAAGAGAGGCUGUCCUUCAAGGACUGAUCGACGGCACCGCCGCCGUCAUCCGGGAGGUGAGUGCCGGCGGCACUGACGACGACCGCGAGUGCCUCGACUACAUCCUGCACGCCGAGGCGGGCUCGAGCGAACAAACCUAUCAGGGCGGGCUCAAGCGCGACUGCGACGAACGAGGCAGGGUGCUUGCGUGCCGCACCGUGGCCGACAGCAGCGGCGUGAUGCGCGGGAUGCGGCUAGAGGACUUUGUCUCUCACCGGAGCGCGCGGCUGGCCAACCUGACUGAGGCGCACGUGGUCGCUCUUCGUCUCUAUACUACGCAGGCAAGCUCCUCUGCCUACAAGAGCAUAAACAACCCGCUGCGCGACAAGGACCGCUUCUUGCGCGGCGAGCCGCACAUGCUGCCAGUGACGGUCGCACUAAUCCGUGAUGCGCUCGGCAAGCUGCGGGCGGUCGAGGCGGACCACUCGCGCGAUUCCGCAUUGCGUCGCGUCUACCUCUACCGUGGCAUGAAGGACGUCACGGCGCCGGCCGACUUCAUGGAGCAGGGCGGGACGGAGCUCGCGCCCAUGUCGACCACAUCGGACCUCAGCGUCGCGAUGAAGUACUCUGCGAGCGUCAAGGCGGUGCUGCUGCGGCUCAUCACCGACUCCUUCUACGAGCGCGGCCCUAACAUAAGCUUCCUCUCCGCCUUCCCCGGCGAGGCGGAGUUCCUCUUCCCACCGCUGACGUACCUGCAACCGACCGGCGACGUCGAGACGGUGGUGGUCGAGGGGCUUUCCUACGAGGUGGUGGACGUGCGGCCGCGGAUCUGA